AUGGCCUUACCGCUGCUGGCCGGCCCUGGCAUCUCAUUCAACCAGGUCUGGGAAGAUCCCCGUGAACCGCAAUAUCGCGGAAACAGCUUCCGUACCCCAGGUGUCCAGCGCCCUGACGCCCUGCUCGCUCGGGUGGCGCCCCCCGUCGGCCCGCUGGCUCAUGCCUCUCCCGCUCCCAUGCAAUACAUUAUACCGAGUCGAGCCUCCGGGCCCAUGGCACUGGUUAAGUUCAUAUCUUCUGAGGUUGUGAAUCCUGCGUCGUUGCUGGCUUUAGGCUUUCAGACCCUUGAAGUCAACCCGUGGAGCGCCGUAGACAUGAAGCUCAACGAUUCCAUACUCACGAGGGGCUUUGUGCUCAUUCCUGGACUGGUACAACAGUCUCUCUCGCGCGCGUCAGCAGAUUUACCAGCGACUGCCUUCGUGACGAACUGUAAACCAGCACUGUCUGAUACAGAUCCCACAAAUGGGCAUCUACCGAGCCAGGGUGGUAAGAAACAAGGUUACCUGGGCAAGUGGGUGUUCAUUGUUUGCAUCAGCCUUACACCGCAACCGAGUGAGCCGACGGUGCUCGGUUAG